UAACUCUAAUAAAAUUUUGCUGAAUACAUCGUCAGCCAUUUUACGAUGUUUUUGCACGUAAUAUACUGGUAAUGUGUUAGGGUUGUCAAUAUCAUUACUUUAAAAACGGCUGAAGGCACAAUAAGACGGAAAUGUUUUACCAAUGAUACAUCAAGGAAUAAUAUGAAGAAUGUGGAAAUCAGAAAAAUGACAUUUUCAGGAAGAUGUGUAAGAUUAGUGAUAUAGCCUUGAAGAAAUUUCCUUUGCUGACUGAAAGUAAUUCUUAGAUUGUUUUGUAUUGUGGAUAAACUUGAUAUAUCUACAAAAGAAACUUUGAACAGACUAUUAUUAUAAUUGGAACAUAUAGCACAGAUUUUGGUGGCUCAUUUCUGACUACAGAAAUAAAGAAUGUGCAAUGAAUCCCAUCUAAUGAACUUUGGAAGUAUUUCUUUAUAGCUGAGAAAUAUUUACAAAUAUUUUCAAGUUUUUGACGUUUACUGUCAGAGAUAAUAGAGUGUUGAGUUGGCAGCAAGUUUUGAACUCUUGACUUUGUAGAGGACAACAGCCAAGUGUGGUAACCAUAACAUCAUGGUAUUUCAUAGAUGGAUGCAUCAUCAUUAAAUGAUUUAAAGAAAAUAAUUAUUUUUGAAUUUAUUAAACACUAAUUGAUAUUAUGGAAGAGAAUGUGUGGUGUCAGAGUCAGGUUAAUGGAGAAACACAACCUGAUAUUAAAGAUUUAUCUCACAUGGCACAAGUACGGACAAACAAGAAAUCAUAUACGUGUGGUAUCUGUUUUAAAGCAUUCUCUCAGAAUGGCCUUUUGACAAGUCACAAGCGUAUUCAUAAAGGUGAGAGACCCUAUCACUGUGAUAUAUGUGGUAAAACAUUUUUUGAAAGUUCAACAUUAACUUGUCAUAUAUGUACUCACACAGGUGUGAAACCAUAUCAUUGUGAUAUCUGUGGUAAAUCAUUCUCUCGAAAAGAACAUUUGAUUAUUCAUAAACGUAGUCAUACAGGUGAGAAACCAUAUCAUUGUGAUAUUUGUGGUAAAACUUUCUCACAAUGUAAUAAAUUAACAAGCCAUAGAAGUAUUCAUACAGGUGAGAAACCAUACUGCUGUGAUUACUGUAGUAAAACAUUCUCUCGGAAAGAACAUUUGACUCUUCACAUACGUAUUCACACAGGUGAGAAACCAUAUCACUUCGAUGUUUGUGGUAAAACCUUCUCUCGAAAACAACAAUUGAUUAGUCACAAACGCACGCAUACAGGUGAGAAACCAUAUCACUGUGAUAUUUGUGGUCAAACAUUCUCACACAACAGCACAUUAAAAAUUCAUAAACGUGUUCAUACAAGUGAGAGACCAUAUCAGUGUGACAUUUGCAGUAAGACAUUCUCACACAAGAGCAAUUUAACCAUUCACCGACGUAAUCACACAGGACUUCAUUAUCGACUGUGUCUUUCAUCUCACAAGACUUCAUCAUCGUUUUAAUGUCCACAUUUCCAUGCUUACAUGGAUUGGAUGGAUUUUAUUGAGGACGAGUUUCUAUGGCCACCAGAUGCCCUUCUUGUUGUCAACCCCCAACUAACCUGUUUCUAAGCAAAGUAAUAUUUCACCAUGGCCAGAGAUAUUCCCAGAGAAAUGAAUGGAGCUAUUUAAUGUUAUUGAUGAGGCACAGCUCAAUCCUGAUUGAGUAGAACUAUAAGAUCAAGGGCAUUCCAGAAGUGACUAUCUCAUCUAUUUAUACUUAAUGUCAUAGUCAAGACAUUCUAUUUUAUUUAAACAGAUCAAUUAUUCCUAGCAAGUUCAGCUAUCAGUGGCUCUCAACCUUAUUAAUAUCCAAGCCAGAGCCAAAACUGGGACAUUUUUUAGGGGGCUAUACCUAAACUAGCAAGACAUAGGUCAAUUAAAGAAAAUUUUAUUAUAUUUAUAAAAGGAAGAUCGUCGGGGUCCGUUGGAAAGAUGCUUGAGGGCCGCAGUUGAUGUAUGCUAAUUUAAAAAACUUUUUCUGUCUCCAGAUCGACAUUAGUUAUACAAUAAUUAAAGGGAAAUAAUCCAGGAAUAGCAUAUUUUGGCAGUAAUCUCCCUUAAGAUUGUAGCAUUACACAGAGCCUUUUGUUUUUCCUGUUAUUUUGUCAUAAUUUGAAACUUUUAAGAUACACCGUUUUAAUGAUAGACACCAGACUAUGAAAAA